AUGGAUAUUUAUUCCUCUAAACUAUCACCUGCUGUGGAUUAUGGAGUUGGUGCGUUCCUGCUGCUCAUCGCAAUUCUUUCCAUUGUGGGGAAUUUGAUGGUUCUUGUGAUGGCAUACAAGCGGUCAAACCACAUGAAGCCCCCUGAGUAUUUGAGUGUAAAUCUUGCUGUGACAGAUCUGGGAGCAGCCGUCACCAUGUACCCGCUGGCUGUAGCCUCAGCUUGGAACCACCAUUGGAUAGGAGGAGACAUCACCUGUGUGUACUACGGCCUGAUGGGAUUUUUCUUUGGAGCAGCUAGCAUGAUGACCCUGACAAUUAUGGCUAUUGUUCGAUUCAUUGUAUCUUUAUCGCUCCAGUCACCCAAAGAGAAAAUCAGCAAAAGGUACGCAAAGAUCCUUGUGGUGACCACAUGGCUGUACGCGCUGCUCUGGGCUAUUUUUCCUUUGAUUGGCUGGGGAAAAUAUGGCCCGGAGCCCUUUGGCCUGUCCUGUACUCUGGCCUGGAGAGACAUGAAGGAACAGAGCCAGUCUUUUGUCAUCACCAUCUUCUUCAUGAACCUCAUCCUCCCAGCCAUCAUCAUCAUCUCGUGCUACUCUGCUAUUGCUCUGAAACUAUACAUUACCUACAAGUUUAUGGACGACAGCAACCACAUCCCCAACAUGAUAAAGAUGCAGCGGCGGCUCAUGGUGAUCGCUGUGUUGAUCAGCAUUGGGUUUGUCGGCUGCUGGGCGCCUUACGGCAUCGUCAGCCUGUGGUCCUUCUACCGGCCCGGUGACUCGAUCCCUCCUGAGGUCAGCAUGUUACCUUGUCUGUUCGCCAAGUCAUCCACUGUAUACAACCCGCUCAUCUACUAUAUCUUCAGCAAGACCUUUAAACAAGAAGUCAACCGCCUCUGCGGGAGAUCCAACAUCUGCUGUACAUCUGAUGCCAAAAACGGCCCGGAGAAUGCCAUCUACCUAGUGUGCGAUGCAAACAAGUCCAAAGCUGGAGCAGAGGAACAAUCAAUAGAGAAGAGCAGGGAGAAUGAGACUCAACUGAUCAGUAGGACCUGUGAUUUGCACUCUUAA